AACACUGUAAAAGUUUCUUCUUUAUCAUUGUUUACACAGCUUCAAAUUAUUUUUCGAAGCUGAAACAAACCGUUACAAUAAAAUCCCAAAUUUGUCAAUACUCUUUUUCAAUAAUGCUAUAUAAGAGAAACAACUAUCAUAUUACAAAGUAAAUGCUACAGUAUCACAAAAAACCUUCGCGCUUCCGUAAUAGUUUUGUGCAACUAAUAAAUAAUAUUGAUAACAUUUUAUCAUAUUUAUUUAUUUCGUGUCAUGGUACAGCCAGGAAGAUUCCGAUAAAGUCUUAAUAAAUGUUUUUAAUUAUCGAAGAGAAUUCGUUUUAAUUAACGUCGUUAUUCCAGUUUGGUUUAUCAACAUUACAACUUCGAUCAGACUGUUUAUUGAGUGUGUAUUUUUUGAACUGGAAUAAGUGAGACUUUUGGAUAAAUAGAACGGUUAUUGAUAGAACUAAUAUGGCGAAGACAACGUCUUUGUGGAUCUCGAGGCUCUUCCUGUUACUCCUGCCUCUAUCCCAAGUCAACAGCGAUUAUUCCAGAGUCACAUCCUACGACCUGAUGAAAUGCUCUUACGGAGAACGCGGUUCGUUGACUGCCACCUGCGUGAACGCUACCCCGUCAUUUUUCAAGACCACCCUGUACAAAUUCGAUCACCUGGAUGAAACUCUUCGAUGCCUGAAUUGUACUUUGGACAUUAUUGAAUCAAACACGUUCGAUUUGUCCGGGAAUCAGAUUAAAGAGCUGGAUCUGCAAGAUAGUUUGAUUACGACGCUUCGGCCCAAGGCUUUUAUGGGGUUGAUAUUUUUGAAGAGUCUGAAUAUAUCUAGUAAUAAGAUUAGAUCGAUAUUUCCAGGAACAUUCAGUGGCACGAAAAAAAUCGAAAUCCUAGACAUAUCCAAAAAUCAAAUCUCUAUCCUGUCGGAAUCCGGAUUCGCGGAGCUCACCUCGCUAACCAACUUAACUCUGCGCGAAAACCAAAUCCAAGUGAUGGAUAUCCGAGCGUUCGAUGGUCUCAAGGCACUGAAAAAUUUGGAUCUGAGUUUCAACUCAAUAAGCGCCCUGAAUAAUUCUCUGGAAAACUUGACCGCUUUGGAAGUUUUGAAUUUGAGACACAACGAUAUCAGGCAGUUGUCUGGAAAUGAGUUUUUCGGAUUAACUAAACUCUAUGUACUAGACUUAUCCGAAAAUAAACUUGUUAGUCAAUUUUCGAUAGCUAUGCAGCCAGGUAAUCAAUUAAGAACAUUGUCUUUGGCUUACAACCAAAUCCGGAUACUAGGAUUUUUCGCAACGCACUUAGAAGCUUUGGAACAAUUAGAUUUAAAACAUAACAACAUCUCAAUAAUUAGUGGCCGAAAUCCGUUUGAAAGCAUGUUAAAUUUACAUUCGCUCGAUUUAUCUUACAAUAAACUAACCGAAAUUGAAACUGGAAAAUUCUCUGGAUUGCCUCAAUUGAGAAGACUGAAUUGCUCUUACAAUAAAAUCAACAACGUGUUAGUGACUGGAGUGUUUAGUUUACAAAACUUGCACACAUUAGACUUAUCUCAUAACCUAAUUUCCGAUUUGGAUUAUACAGCUUUAAUAUCCAGAGUACCGAGCUUGGCUUAUUUGAGGUUAGAAGACAACGUUCUACCAUGCGAUCUGGAAAAAGACAUGGAAAAAACUUUCGAAGAAGACAAUUUUAAAUAUGUUUUGUUUGACAAUGUCGUUGGGUCAAAGAAAUGUGUCGAUAAGCCAGUCACCAAGUCAACGUUCAAGCACAUACAAGACGCUUACGUGGAAAGUAGAGCUGAUACAGUUAGCGGUGCAGAUGUUACUAUUUUUAUAUUGAUUUCUAUACUAAUUGUGGCUGUAGCGGUUUUGUUUUAUUUGCAAUAUUUGUUUUACAAAGGAAUUGUGGUUACCGGGCCCAAACGAGUUGCCUCGACUGUUCAGCUUAUCGCAAAUGAUAAUGAUGCUAAAGAUGAAGAGUUUGAUAUUAGGGGUGCUUGAGGAAUUUUUGUGUUCUUAGGUUAAGUUUUGAAUAAAUUUAUUUAUUUUGUAUUAUUUA